AUGGAUAAAUAUGGAUUUCUUUAUGUUUCUGAUUAUAAGAAGAAUGAAGUGAGACGAUGGAAAAUUGAAGAGUACAGUGAAGGAACUGUGGUUGCAGGUGGAAAUGGAAAAGGCGAUCAACUUAAUCAACUUAAUUUUCCUGCCUAUAUCUUUGUUGAUGAAGAUCAAUCUGUUUAUAUAUCUGAUCAAAACAAUAAUCGUGUGGUAAAAUGGAGAAAAGAUGCAAAAAAAGGAACAAUUGUAGCUGGAGGAAAUGGUAAAGGAGAAAGGUUGAACCAACUGUCUUCACCUCAAGGAGUCAUUGUUGAUCAUUUUGGUCAAAUCUAUGUAGCAGAUUUUUGUAAUCAUCGAAUAGUGCGUUGGCGUGAAGGAAAAAAAGAAGGUGAAAUUGUUGUUGGUGGAAAUGGUAAAGGAAAUCAAUCAAAUCAAUUGAAUGUUCCCAUGGGUUUAUCUUUUGAUAAUGAAGGAAAUCUUUAUGCUGCCGAUCGUGACAAUCAUCGAAUUGAAAAAUUUCAAAUAAUUAUGUAA